CCGCUCCCUAACACAGGAAUCGGUUCAGUGAUUCUUGAAUCACCAUAUUAUGGUCAUCGCAAGCCAAGGAGACAGAGAGGACCGAAGUUGCAGUGUGUCUCGGAUCUCCUCUCCUUGGGAAAUGCCACAAUUGAGGAGACCAUAUCGAUUUUGCGUUAUUUCAAUGCUCACGGACAUGGACCUCUGGGAAUCUGUGGAUUCAGUAUGGGUGGAGUGCACGCCAUCAUGACAGCAGGAGUCUGCAACCUUCCAGUAGCGUUGGUCACUUUCUUGGCUCCUCAGUGUGCUGCUCCGGUUUUCUGCCAGGGCGCUCUCUCGGCAUCUUGUGACUGGGAUGCUUUGUCUCGGCACUCGAGCUCGAUCAAUUGGAAUGAAUGGAAUUGUGAAGAUGAAGAUGUCAAACAUCGACUAGGACGAAUUUUGAGAAUCACAGAUGUAACUCGGCUGCCUCCACCUCCGUGCCCGUGGGCAACCAUUUUGAUUCAGGCGAAGGAAGACGCAUACAUUGACAGACGGUCCGAAGAAGUGAUUCGAUCGUCAUGGAGGGAUUACUGGAAGGCUUUUCCGCCAACGUAUGAAUACUUGAGCAGCGAGGAUUAUGGAGUUGAGACUCGUUGGGUGUGUGGCGGGCACGUGACAUCCUUCUUCAAUCAGCACCACACCUUCCGCCUAGCAUUGCGUACCGCCAUGCAAAGGAUGGUGACAGAAGAAGUUGCUGACGCGCACUACAGUGAAUGCUGA